AACAAUUUUUAAAAAUAAAAUUAAUCGUGUUUUCUGUUUCCGGACAUUUUAAGCUAAAAGGACCUCACCGGAAGCGCGCGGUAGCAACUUCCUGUUUGUGUGACGGUGUGGUUCGCUUCUAAGAUGUCCGCGGACCUGAACCAGACCCUGCACUCUCUGCUGGUUUGUGAGCGGUCCAGUUUCAAGGACCCGAAGAACCGGGUCAACGCGUGCGUGGAGCGGCGGAGCUUCAACUACAAGGUAUCUGUGCUACUGCCUGGCUGUAGCUCUGCCCCCUCCCACCUAGACUCAGUGUUGAACAGUUUCAGCAGUUUCUACCUGAUCAGAAAAUUUCCUGUUCAUGAGCUGUUGGACAAAGACUUCCUGCAGGCAGCUGUUUACCAGGGUAGCGUGUACGGUCUGUCCUACAGGGCUCAUAUCGAUGAAGACAACUGCGUCGCUCUGAUGCCAAAUGGUCACCUGACUCUGUCCCUGGACAAAGACUCCUUUGAGUUGUUGGGUUUUGAGGGGAAAGCGUCCACCUUCACCCACAGACGCAGCAGCAGAUUUGUCGUCUCCGUGGAUCUAACGCACGCUAAAAUGGCUCCUGGUGGUCGGACCUACCUGAGGCUCCUCACGGGCCUGAGAUCCCGCCUUCAGCUGCAGACAGACUUCCUGCUAUCGCAUCACCCAGGCGGCGGGGCCUCUCUGCAGCCCCUCCUGUCCCGCUGUGAUUGGUCUGAAUUCAGACCUGAGGUCAGCUGUCGUUGCCUGACUGACCUCUCUUGUCCUGCUCCACGGUCAUGUGACCCUCACAGCUUCCUGGAGUGGCUCGGAGUAGUGGACGCCAGCAUCAGCAGUGAGAACUCCUCCAGCAGCUUCCUGUCCUCUCUGAUCUGUCCUGAACCCAGUGAGACGCUGAGCCGAGCUCUGAGCGUCUCCAUCCAUGGUCUGCUGCUGCCUCAGGACAUCCAGAACCUCGUCCAGCAGCUCAGGUCUCAUCUGGAAACUGCUGUAACUGGAUCCUGGGUCUCCCUGACGGUCCAUGGCUUUGCAGACAGUCCUGUGUCCUGGGGGGACAACGAGCACGGCUUCCUGAAGGGAGGGGACAACUUCUACAACCUGGUGAUGUUCCAGGACCACAUAUACCACCUUCACCUGGCCACAGGAGCACACGACAGCUGUCCCCCAUGACACCUUACCCCCAUGAGAUCUCUCCUCCAUACCUGCCCUAUAGGGGAGACCUGUCCCCCAAUGAUACCCAUCCUCCACGGUACCUGUCCCCCCCAUCCCUCAAGUUUCUUACAGAAAAGUUUGCAGACCCUGUCGGGUCCUUGUGUGUCUGGUCUUAAAGCUUUAAAGUCUCAUAAUUUUGACCUGUGUGUAAACCAGUUCUGGAUUAGUGCCUGCAGACCUUGUGUUCCCAGAACAAACUGAUCUGAGCCCAGUUAGAGACCAGGAUGAGUGAAGUCUGAGACAGCUCCAGCUUCACUUUAGUUUGCUAAUAAUGGACAGUAAAACUGGUAAAACCCAGCUGAGCAUGGCGAACUCCGACCUUUCAGGACCAUCCUGGGACCACUGAAGACCCCUGAGCCUCAAGAUAAGAAUCACAAAGUAUUCUGAGAUUUCUGGAUUUCUUUGACUUGUUAAAUAAAGUUUCUGCUCAUUUUUUU